AUGACGAAUAUGGCAAGGUCAGACAUCCUGAAUUAUCUUCUUUCUUUCGGGGCUGACGAGCAAGCACCGUCUAUACGCGCCGCCAGAGCUGUUCGGAGUUGGGUCAGAGGUGUUUCUUCAUUGUUUCAUUUUCUUUCUUUGUUUUUUUCGUCUUUGUUUCUAUACCUUUGUCCCUUCUUUUUCUCUAAAUCCUUCUUUCUAUCUAUUCCCCUCUAUCUCUCUAUAUCGUUGUAUCUCUCUAUCUCCUCAUUUCCCUCUAUCUCCUACAUCUUUCUAUGUAUCUCCUUAUAUUGCUCAAUUCCCCUUCUCUCUCUCUCCCCUUUCUUUCUCUAUCUGUUUAUCCUUAUAUCCUCUAUCUCUUCCUUUCUCUCUCUAUCUCCUCCUUUCUCUCUCUAUCUGUUUAUCCUUAUAUCCUUAGAUCUUUCUAUCUCUAAACUAUCUCUUUCUAUCUCUUUAUUUUCCCUUUUUCUAUCUAUUCUAUCUCUGUAUCUCCUUUCUAUCUGUCUUUUCCUUUCUAUCUAUCUCCUAUGUCAUUAUCUCCUUUUUUUCUAUCUCCUUCUUUCUAUCUAUACCUUUCUAUCUCUUCCUCUCCCUCUUUCUCUCUAUCACGCCUUCUAUCUAUCUAUCUAUCUAUCUAUCUAUCUAUCUAUCUAUCUAUCUAUCUAUCUAUCUUUCGUCAUGUUUGUGACGGGCAAAUGUGAGCGUGUACGGCUCAGGCCCUCAAGUUCCGCUGGUAACUCCAUCACCACAUUCAAAAGAACCACUCUCUCUCUCUCUCUCGCUCUCUCUCUCUCUCUCUCAUUAUCAGAGCUUGAAGCACUUCACACGUGUUCAGUGAGAGCUUGUAUGUCUGGACACGUCACGAAUCAUCGCGUAAGUGCUCUUCCAUUCUGA